CUUCUCAGUCGACUUCGGAGCAGUCUGUGCUACCUCCUGUAUCACCACCAUCAUGGACUCUCCGUUGGUGCUGCUGUCCGUUGCCUUGCUGGAGGCCUAUUUGCUACAGCGCAGCUUGCUGCCCGACUGGGCAUUUCGCAGUGUGACGGCUUUAUCGCUGGCGGGUAAUCUAAGCCUCCGAUUGAUCUGGGGAUUGUUUGUCUAUCCGUACUUUGUGACGCCGCUGCGUCAUCUGCCUACUCUUCCGGGCAAUCUCAACCACGGCCGCGUGAUUUUUGACGACCCUCGCGGCCGGCUUCCGCUGCAAUGGAUGAAAACCAUCCCCAAUGACGGGCUCAUUCAUUUCCGUGACAUCUUCAACCGGAGUUUCCUGCUGGCUACGAAUCACCAGGCCCUGCUGGACAUUAUGAGUACCAACACCUACGACUUUGAGAAGCCGUGGCGCACGCGCGAGUUUCUAGCACGGAUUAUCGGAUUCGGACUGAUUCUGUCCGAGGGCGGCGCGCACAAGAAGCAGCGACGGGCGCUAACGCCGUCGUUCAAUGUACGAAAUAUCCGGGCACUGUAUGGGCUGAUGUGGGGGAAGACGGGGGUGUUGAUGGAGGAGCUGGAGCGGGAGAUGGCCACGAAUGAGGGAAAGGUUGAGAUGAGUGUGUGGGCUAGCCGCCUCACCCUCGACAUUAUCGGCCCCGCGGCCAUGGGCCGCGACUUUCGCUCGCUCCAAAACCCCGAGAACAAAGUCGCCGACAGCUUCCUGGCCAUUCUCGAGCCCACGAAAGAGAAGAUUGCCUUUCUGGCUGUCAACGUGCUGCUCCCGCAGUGGUUCGCGCGGCGACUCCCAUGGCGCCUAAACCGUGUCAUCGACACGGAGACGGGCUUCCUGCGCGAGCUAUGUAAGGACAUUGUCUUGGAGAAGAGGGCCUCAAUUGUAGCAACGCAAGCCACGGCCGCAGAGCUCGAGGCCGAUAUUCUUGGAACCAUGAUGCUAGGAGGCGACUUUACCGAUGACGAACUGGUCGAUCAAAUGUUGACAUUCCUCGCAGCUGGCCACGAAACCACCGCCAGCGCCUUCACCUGGGCCUGCUACCUCCUGACCCAACACCCAGAGUACCAAGCUCCUCUCCGGGCCGAAAUCCGCUCCCGCAUCCCCAGCGGCACCGCCCCCAUCACCCACACCGACCUCGAAUCCCUCCCCCUCCUCAACGGCAUCGUCCAGGAAGUCCUCCGCCUCUACCCCACCGUGCCCCUCACCCUCCGCGAAUCCAUCCGCGACACCACCGUCGCCAACACCCACGUACCCCGGGGCACUCGCGUCCUCCUCUGCCCGUACGCCAUCAACCGCAGUCCGCUGUUCUGGGGCGAGGACGCCGACGUCUUCCGUCCGGAACGGUGGGUGGAUACCGAUGCGAAUGGGAAUGCUGUUGUUAAUCAGCAUGGUGGGGCGGGGACGAAUUACGCUCAGAUUACGUUUCUGCAUGGGCAGAGAGCAUGUAUUGGGAAGGACUUUGCAAAGGCGGAGUUGAGAUGUGCUCUGACGGGGGUUUUGGGACGGUUUGAGAUCGAGAUGCAGGAUCCGAAACAGGUGAUUCAUAUUGCGGGGGCGGUUACGACGAAGCCGGUCGAGGGGAUGCAUUUGAGGAUGAGGAGGGUGGAGGGGUGGUGAUUCCUGUCCCUGGUUCAAGUGGAUGGUAUAUAUAGGGUGGGUGGUAUAUAUGGUGUAAAUAUAUGACUGAGCACAUAGUAUUAAGAUAGUGUAACUUACCAGAGCGAGGUAUGUAAUGAAUAUGC